AUGAUUUUCGAAGUGCUCACGCUACUAGCUUUAAUUUUAAUAGUUAUUAACUAUGUGUCCAAAAGAAAAUUUGACUAUUGGAAGAAGCGCAAAAUACGGUACCUAGAUCCUGUUCCGAUUCUAGGGAACUACGGACCUUACAUCCUACAAAAGAAGUAUAUAGGACAAGUGGCGCAAGAUUUAUGUUUGAAAUACCGGAAUGUACCGUAUUUUGGAGUGUUUUUCGGCACGGAACCGACCCUCAUGGUACAUGACCCAGAGUUUAUCAAAACAGUUAUGACCAAAGAUUACUAUUAUUUCAACAGCCGGGAAAUUGCAGAGUACACACACUAUGAAAUGCUCACGCAAAAUUUAUUCUUCACUUACGGAGACCGGUGGAAAGUGCUCCGGCAAAACUUGACUCCCCUCUUCUCAUCGGCGAAAAUGAAGAACAUGUUCUACUUGAUAGAGAAAUGUGCCCAUAUGUUCCAAAAUAUGUUGGAUAAUGAAUUGAAAGUGGACGACGUCCAAGGAGUUAGACCCCUCAUGGCAAGAUUCACCAUGGACUGCAUUGGGUCUUGUGUUUUUGGCAUCGACACGGAUACUAUGUCAGGGAACUCACGAAAAAACCCUUUCGUAAUGAUCGGAACAGUAAUUUUCUCUGACACUAGUUACAGAAUGUUCAAAACUGUGGCCAGGGCUAUCUGGCCCAAACUGUUCUAUGGAUCGGGAUUGAGAAGUUUCCCGAAGGAAAUGGACGAUUUCUUCAAUAAACUAUUGACAGGAGUGUUCGCGGGAAGAGAAUAUAAGCCUACAAAUAGAAACGACUUCGUUGAUCUUCUUCUUAAUUGGAAAAAAGACAACCACAUAGCUGGUGAUAGCAUGCAGAAUGCAAAAGGAGGAAAUAAAAAAGUUAAUAUUCCGAUUGACGACGACCUUUUAAUAGGACAAUGUGUGUUACUAUUUGGUGCUGGUUACGAAACUUCUGCAACCACAUUGCAGUACACUUUGUAUGAACUUGCUAAGAAUCCUCAAGCUCAACAACGAGUAAUUGAUGAAGUUGAUAAAUAUCUUCAACGUAAUAACAAUAAGCUUAAGUAUGAAUGUAUAACAGAGCUGCCGUAUAUUGAAGCAUGUAUAGAUGAGGCUCUGCGUUUGUACCCGGUUCUUGGAGUGUUAACUCGCGAAGUGAUCGAGGACUACACACUGCCGUGUGGGGCUGUCAUAGAGAAAGGAGUCCGUGUUCAUGUACCAGUACAUCAUCUGCAUCAUCAUCCAGAUUUCUUCCCUGACCCGGAAGAGUAUAGACCUGAAAGAUUUUUCGGCGAAGAAAAGAGAAAUAUUAUACCCUAUACUUAUAUGCCAUUUGGUGAGGGACCGCGGUUGUGCUUAGGCAUGCGUUUCGCGAAGAUGCAGAUGUUUUCCGGCAUCGUGACGUUGCUGAAGAAGUACCGAGUGGAGCUGGCGGCGGGCACGCCUCGCGCGCUGGAGUUCACGCCGACCACCAUAGUGACGCAGCCCAAACAGCUCAUCAAGCUGAAGUUCAUCGAGAGGGAAGGCUGGCAGCAGAGGCUGUUCAGAUAAUAAUUUAUAUUAUUCUCUAGAAAGAAGAGGAAUAUAUUCGUCUGUCCUUACUUCGUCAAAAUAAACUCAAACAGCUUUCAGCUAUUGAGUAGAUCUUCAUUCCCCUAUAAAUCGCAAAAUAUGUGAUAUAAAUGGUCAUAUGUAUAAUUUGAUUGCGUUGACUUACUUGCAAAAUAGAUUUUUUCACAGCUGAAGGCAUUAAAGUUAUUUUUAAGUAUGCUAUGGCUGAAGGAGACUGUAGAUGUAAAGUUGCAAGUUGAUGACUUUAUUAUUGGAGUGAUGAAUUUACAACCAUUUUGUUUUGAAAAUGAUUGCAGAGUACACAAUCUAAAUAUUUAUCAUUGUAUAAUUUAUUUAAUGAUAAUAUAUAACCAUAUUAUCAUUUGUCGUAGAUACUUAUUUUUUAUUUAUAUCAUUUGUCAAUUAGAUUUUUUUAGCAACAUAUACACAUUUUUAGAAAAAAGGUAAAAAUAUUUCAUCAAUCAUAUUAUAUUAGGUAUUAUUAGGGAAUUAAAUGAAAGUUCUGUAUUGUAUCUUUAUAAGGAUUUUAAUGCAACAAAAGAAAGAAAAAAAAUCAAUGAGUUGGCGAUGAUAGCAAAAGUAAAUGAUGAAUAUGAGUUGAGAUUUGAUAGCUUAAUUUUGUACGAGUAUUUUUCAACGAUAUGAUUUUCUGCGUUUGGUUCAAAAUUCUCUUAAGUGUCCUUGAACAUAUUAUGAAUUCCCAUUUGUUUUUAAGGGCUUACAAGGGCUCACCAUUUUGUAUUCUAUUAUAUUUAUAACAUAUGAAAUUGAUGAGUUUAAAUAAUUGUUUGUUUGGAGAUUUUCUAUGGAAUUAGAAGUUACAAUAUCGAACAUUGUGAUUCUCGAAACCGCGUUAACAACUAGACAUCGAUAAAACUGUGUCUAUACAACUACUACUAGCUCAACAAUACUAUAUUUUAUAACAAAUACAUACAUAGAUAAACAUCCAGAACUCGGGCCAAUCAGAAAAAGAUCAUUUUCCAUCAUGACCCGACUGGGGGUCGAACCCGGGACCUCUCGGUUCAGAGGCAAGCACUUUACCACUGCGCCGUCGAGGUCGUCGAGAUAGUAUAUAUAGACACAGUUUUAAUGAAUGAAAUAAAUUCUGUGUAUUGUAUUUUCAUACUUACAUCAAGAAGUUGAAUGAAUCGUUUAUAUAUAACA